AGUGAUGACACACAUCAGCACCAGCUUCUUCCAGAAGUUUCCUCGCUCGGUUUCCAGCUCGGCGGUAGCAGCUCGGACACACCUGUACGAACACUUUAUAUGUGGUUGUGUAGUUCAAGUUAAGUGACAUUUUUUUCUGGGCGCGGCGCAGGGUUAUAAGUUGUCUACUGUGACUGACAAGUGAGGAAAGCUAACCGUGACCGCUAGCUAGCCACAAGCUGCAGCAGUGACAGCUGUGGAGCCUGUGUUUAACCUGUCCCGCACACACAGGACACGCUGGUUGUGUCGCUGGAACUGAGCAGAAAUUGAAGCAACUGCGUUGAUAAUGUUUUUAUGACGUGGAAGAAGAAGUGACUGGUCAUUGUAAUGGGUAAAGAUUACUACAAAGUGCUAGGAAUAGCCAAAGGUGCGUCCGAAGAUGAGAUAAAAAAGGCGUACAGAAAACAGGCCCUGCGCUGCCAUCCUGACAAGAACAAGUCUCCCGGAGCAGAAGAUAAAUUCAAGGAGAUUGCUGAAGCCUAUGAUGUCCUCAGUGAUGCCAAGAAAAAGGACAUUUAUGAUCGCUUUGGAGAAGAAGGAUUAAAGGGUUCGGCUGGUGGUGGAGGUGGAGGACACAGUGGUCCAAGCUACAACUACACCUUCCAUGGAGACCCACAUGCGAUCUUUGCUGAGUUCUUCGGAGGCCGGAGCCCGUUCGAUCAUUUCUUCUCACAGAAUGGGGAUGAUGACAUGGACAUCCAGGACCCCUUCUCAGCAUUUGGCAUGGGAGGAAUGGGUGGCAUGGGUGGCAUGGGUGGCAUGGGUGGGUUCCACAGGUCGUUUAAAUCCCACCCAGGAGGCCCUCACAGAGCACACGAGAAGAAGAAGGACCCGCCCGUGGUGCAUGAGCUGAAGGUGAGCCUCGAAGAGGUUUUCUCAGGCUGCACCAAAAAGAUGAAGAUUUCUCGCAAGAGACUCAACCCGGACGGCUGCACCAUACGUAACGAGGACAAGAUUUUAACAGUCGACAUCAAACGUGGCUGGAAGGAGGGGACAAAAAUCACCUUUCCUAGGGAGGGAGAUGAAACUCCCACCAACAUUCCUGCAGAUGUGGUGUUUGUGGUCAAAGAUAAACCCCACCCGGUGUUCAGAAGAGAAGGCUCAGAUAUAAUUUACCCUGCAAAAAUAUCACUCAGAGAAGCGUUGUGUGGAUGCACCGUCAACGCCCCGACACUGGACGGCCGGACCAUCACUGUGACUUCCAGAGACGUUGUCAAACCUGGAAUGAAAAAGCGCAUUGUUGGAGAGGGGCUGCCGCUUUCCAAGUGCCCUGAGAAGAGGGGUGACAUGAUCUUAGACUUCACCGUUAAAUUCCCUGACAAACUAGGCCAAAGCACACGUGAUGCACUUAAGCAGAUACUUCCACCAUGACUUGAAACAAUGACAAAAAUAUAAUAAAAAUAUAGCAAGUUAACAUUUCCAGUGACACUCUCCAGUGUAUCAUCACAUUUCGGCCUGGACAAUUGAUGCAGAGGGCAGAUUUGGUUGUGUCUCUUCUUAACCCAGUAUCCAGUCAGUUUAAUGAGUGUCUUAAGGCCUGGAAACUGACAGGACAGUUGACUUUUCGCUUUGUGUGUGUGCAUUCAGCUGAGGUUGAGUAACAGUGUUAAGUAACAGCCUGCCACAAUGUCAGAUUCAAGUCAUUAAGUAAACAGUAGGAGGUAUAUGGUGUGUAUAUAGGUAUUCAUGCAAUGUGUCAAGUGAUAGGUUAUGGUUUGGCUGCAAAAACGAGAAACCAAGAUGGUUUUUUAAGACUUAAAUGAAUUGUACCACUUGAAAAUUUAGUUCAGUAACAGAGGAUUUGGUUUCACUGCAGCGGUUUUUGGGAGUGCUUUGACAGAGCACAGAGCCAGCUAAUUUACUAUACCUCAGGUGCACUCACGCAUGCUUGAAUGUAGCUAUAACUACAUUAAUCAACAGGAUACGACUUUGGUUGCUGUUAGAUAAAACUGACACUUAAAUACUGUGUGGAUCCUGAGAAGUGAAAACAUUAGUGUUUUACAUACGGAUGCACUGAUUUGACCAUUAGCAUCAGCACUAAUACUAAAUAUAUUAAGUGGAUCAGCAUUAGCCAGAUGUGACAGUUACAGUUUCUUUGUCAGCGUCAUAAUAAAAUUCAGUCUUUGGUUACACUAUUUGUAGGGCUACACCUAACUGUGGAAAUCUUCAUCUCCACUGAGUUCCACACAGUGAUAUAGCAUUAUAGAGAUUUUAAAUUUAGAAAACAGGGAGCACUUAUAUCAGAUCGGUACUCUGUCAGCAGAUAUCUGAGUUAAUGGAUCAAAAAGGAGAGAAAAAUCAGAUUGGUGCAUCCCUGGUGUUUAAGAUGGCACAUCUUGCAAAAUGUUUACUUUUACUAUCUCUUGUAGUACAUCACUUUAUUAUGUAAAAUAUUUGACUUUUGUGCCAAAUAAUAGUCCCCUAUGUAAUUAUAAUAUAUGUAUGUGUGUCUAAAAGUCUAUCGAGAGCAUGUGUGUGUCCUGUCAUGUGCGACCAACAAAUUACCAAAAUCUUAUCCUUUGAAUCGUACCCCCUGAAGAUGCACAGCGUAUAUGAUAGUUCAGUUCCUCGUCAUAUGUUAUUACUUUGUCAGUGAGGUUUGUUUUUUUUGUUUGUUUUUUCUUUCACACAUAACAGGGUAUAACCCUGGUGCAUUAAUAUGGUACCAGGAUCACUCUUUCAGAGAUUGAGAUGUGAAAAUAAGUUUAAGCCCCUGACUUAAAGGCCUGAAUAUAUUUUUGUUUGAUUAUUCUGUCUUAUAUCAUACCUUCUCUUAUAGCUCAUACCUGACAGCAUUUGCUCCAAGAUGUACAGUGUCUGGAAAUAUUUAGUUUCACAGUUCAGUAUUGAACUCUGUGUCUCUUUCAGCCCUGUGUAGCUUUGACUGUCGUGACGAUGGAAGUUAGUAAACCAGUUGGUUCAUUUGCACAUUUUAAGUAUUUUUGGUGUUGAUGUGAUUGUCAGAAGAGACGAAACAAACUUCAUGACGGUCAUUACUUGCCUCAUCGUGCUCCUGCUGGAGUUUUAAGUUUCUAACACAAACAUGUGGUUUAACAUGAAUGUAGAGAUGUGUAAUCUCUGUAAUGUUUAACUUUUUUGUUUUAAAAAAGGAUAAUUGUUUUUUUUUCUUAAAAUGUUUUCCUUUUUAAGGGAAAAAGGUGUAAGCAUUAUUUUUGUUUUACUUCUCGUUUAUGUAGUUUUGAAAUUCUUCAGGGUGUGAUUCAGGAUGUUAUGAUUUUUCACAACAAAGCUUUUAUGAAUUGAUAAUGGGAUGAAAACUUUUAAUAGAUCUUUCCUAUGCUGUGAUGAUUUGCAUUUCCACAUUAAAGAAACUGGCAAACCAAA